UAACAACGUCAACACUCUAUAUUCUUAUCCGGAUUUAACCAACCACGGCUUUGUUACCUUAACCAAUUGUAAUACCUGGGAAACCUAACACCGAUUCUGUACAUUUGGGCGUCGCUAAACAAUUGUUCGGUGUGUGUAACGAACGCGUUACAUCUAGUAAAACAACUCAGUUACUAUGCACUUUCUCCGUCAUACCAUUACCUCAGUUUGGAAUAGAGUUUCGAUACAUUUUAGCACGAAGUGAUCAAAAAACGGAUUACCCACACAGUAGCCGAAGCGUUAAAAAACUAGAAACGGCAGGGCAUAAUAAGUUGGUAUUUGCACUGCUAAGUAUCAGCAUAUGGCGUUUGCGGAUAGAGUCAGUUUUGGCAACAAAAGAACUGCAACUAUUUUGGCGGCUUCGUUUUCCGUGGCGCAGUUUUUCAUCGAGACUCUGACGUUGUUUUGUCUGGCAGUUUAUGUAUCUGGACCAGUAAACACAGCUUUGAAAGUAUUUUAUGCAUUUGCCGCAAUCGGUUGUCCGUUGCUUUUGUUUGUUUCUUCUGUUGCUGUCCGAAGCAUCGCAAAGGGUGUGAGCAGCGGCCUCUUAGUUUGGUUGUUGUGUUACUGCGUUGUAUCAGUAUGUGAACUGAUUCUUACUUUAAUAGCAUUUAUAAAGCUGGAUAGCUUGCACGAUCCAUUUUUGUUCUACAACUCCGCAUGGGCAUUUGCUAUACAACACUUAAAUGGUCAACUCUAUUUCGGCGCGCAAAAUCUAUCUACGUGCACUUUAGCGACGCAAGUGUCCCUUCCAUUUGAUCGAGAAGGCUCCUACGCAGUGUACUUGAUUACCCAGAAGGGAGCAGACGGGCUUAUAGCAGCAUUCGCACUGCUUUUGUUAUUUAAAAACAUAUUCAACGUGAUCAUUCUGAUCGUCGGUUCCUCGCAUUAUAGUGAUAUGAAAACCGGCAAUGGCAGACGAAGGCGAUAUUCAAGACCCGUAAUAAACUUCAGUGUAUGUAAUCGUAUAACUUAUCCAACGUUCUAUUUAUUUCGCAGGCAUUUCCGACAGACCCUCACCAUCGCGGCAGUGUUCCCCAACGGCGUGUUACCUUUUCCGGCAUCACUGCAGUUGCAAGAUGACCGCGUAUCCGAAAGCUAUAUUCCUGGUGGUUAUUAAGCAGCUGUAUUCUGUUAGUAUUGUUCAAGCUGUACUGUCACGCACUUAUUUUGUCCGUGUAUGCGUUCAUUUUAAUAAAGAGCAAAUUAUAUCG